AUGAAGUACCUCACCAUCGCCGCUGCAUCUCUCGCAGCUAUCAUUCCUUCCGUCAGCGCCUACCCCAUCAACGGCGACAGCGUCCACUGCCGCUCCGGUCCCGGCACCGACCACCCUAUUGUCAAGACUUACCCCAGAGGCCAUGAGGUCUCCCUCGUCUGCCAAGCUCCCGGCACCGACGUCAACGGCGACUCGAUCUGGGACAAGACCUCCGACGGCUGCUAUGUCGCCGAUUACUACGUCAAGACCGGUACCUCCGGCUACGUCACCAAGCACUGCGAUGGCGGCAGUCCUCCCCCCAGCGGCGGUGGCUCCGGCAAGUCCAUCGUCGAUGCGGCCGAGAGGGAGAAGGGCCUCCCCUACGUCUGGGGCGGCGGUGGCUGCAACGGCCCCUCUGGCGGCGGCUUCGACUGCUCUGGCCUGACCCAGUUCGCCGUCUGCCAGGCCCUGAAGAAGACCAUCCCCCGCACGGCGCAGACCCAGUACGACUCGAACAUGGGCAAGCGUCUUCCUCGCUCCGAGGCCAAGGAGGGUGAUUUGCUCUUCUGGGCUACCAAUGGUGACUGCAAGAACCAGGUUUCCCACGUUGGUAUCUUCAUCCGCGACGGAUGGAUGAUCAAUGCUGCGCACACUGGUACUCCUGUCCGGGAACAGGCUAUCUGGACUUCCUAUGGUGGAGAGUCCAUCUGCCCUUAUGUCAUGAGAUUCUGGUAA